AAAAAUGAGCAUGGGUAGAUUGUGCUGUCACAGGGGGAAUUUGACGUCACAUUUGAACGGCAUAUUACUUGUUGUUGAGCAAAAAAAAACUUCAAUAGUUUGCAUUAUGGCAUCUUUAGGAGUGUGCCCACCUUCUACCAAUUGGUGCAGCCCGUUGGCGAUUGGGUACAGCGCUGACGUAGUACCAUGGAUGACGUCACAUAGUCAGAACUACGCAAACCCUUGCGCUGGAUCUAGUCUUUCCAAAAUUCACACCUUUACUCGGCAACUACGUGUGGUGGUUCUUGGCCUCAGAGAAAAACUCGAUGAGGUUAACGAAGAAAUUAAGUCGCUUUCAAAGAUCAAAGAAGGCAUGGCGAGAAGUUUGGAUCAACUCAACUUUGAGCUUAGCACGAAUAAAUCUGAAGUCACAAUUAAGCGGCCACGGUUUAUUAAGAAUCGGUCACGUGAUGCCAAAGUAGACCUAUGGGAGCGGGGUAGCGACACCGUGCGGAUGAAUAGGAGGCAGAUACAAGUUGCACUGAGUAAUUUGCGCAAACAAUACACGAAUGUUAAAGAACAACUGCAGGAGUUAUCCAGAAUACGAAACCAAAUCCUAGUCACGACUGGCGAACGCACACGAGUUCUCGAUUUAUUUCCUGACGUCAUAGCGGCUUCAACACGUCACAAACACGACAAACAAUAUGAAGAAAGAACCAGAAGUCACGUGAGUAAAACAGAACAAACAAGUUGUCAAAUUUAAGACAAAUGACACGAUAUACAUAAGUGACAAAAUAAUGGUCGGUGACGUCACUAAAAACAUGACGUCAUGAUACUUUGCAGCAAGUCAUGUUUCAGUAUGCAAGCAACAAGCCAGGAUUAAACGGUAGCCGCACGAGUGCGCCGUCUAACGGUAGACAAAAGACGCCAAAGAUCGGCAGCAAGCUGAAACCAGCAAAGAGCGAGAUGGUGAGAAUACCAUGGUGGUUGAGCCAUAUUUAAAACAAUUUAUUAUCUGCAGGACGCAAGUCUGAAUUCAAAAAUGAGAACAAACACAAGAGCAAAGUCAGCAGGGCCUAUCAAACACAAAGAGCCAACGUAAGGGUGAAAUUUAAGUCUUUAAAAAAUAUGGAUAUUUUUUAGGAGUAUAAUACAUUAGGUAGGUGUGCAGUAAGCUAGUGCAAAUACAAAUUUGAAGUUUUAAAACACCACAUUUGAAAUUGUUCGAGCAAACACUCUUUUGACUUUCAGUAUUUGCGCUGUUGUGUGGUGUUCUUGAUAAAGACAACCUGUAUUGGAAGUCAAAACACCGAUACACUAAUAGAAGACUUAAAAAACAAAUGUAAUAUGCCUGGCAGAAACAGUUUUUAGUUUAAAAAAGGUCGUAGCUGUUCAGUAACAUUUGUAGAAUAUUCGGUACGUAACAACAUGUUUUAAUUUUGAAUUUGUUUGACAGGAAGCAGGCCUGGACGGAAAAUAGUACCGACAAAUGCAUGUGUGACUUCGCCACUAGUGGUAUGCCGCCUGCCAUGACAACUGAGUGUCAUCGUGCCAUGACAUCUGUUAACGAGGUAUGCGGUAGUGGGCACACGCCCAUUCUACAGAAGUGUUUGAGGGUUCUAUGCAGUUUUAUUGCAGGUCCGAAAAACCUCGCGGGCGCUUCGAAGACGUAUCCUGCAGGUGGUAGAAGAGAGCUUUUUGGUUGAGCCGAUGGCGGCGCCACCGAGUGAGCCACAUCACCAUGGUCGAUAUUACGGGGUGGCGUGUGGGGGAAGGUCUCCCCACAAGAGGGCAAUGUUUAUACACUGAGUCGUGACAUAGAGAUCAUAUUUUUUUGGUUAAAAUUAAAAAGGGAUUAUGAU